AUGGAUUCGAUUGUCGAUGUCAUAUUUUUUGCCGAUAUUUUACUAAAUUUCCACACCACAUUUGUCGGUCCGGGUGGCGAGGUUGUCAUAGACCCCUCGAUAAUUCGUCAAAACUACUUCAAAUCAUGGUUCCUUAUCGAUCUUUUAUCGUGCCUGCCUUACGAUAUAUUCUAUAUGUUUAAACGAGAUGACGAGAGAAUUGGUAGCCUAUUUUCGGCGCUAAAAGUCGUCCGAUUGUUACGAUUGGGACGAGUAGCUCGAAAACUGGACAACUAUCUUGAGUACGGAGCAGCAACAUUACUGCUCUUACUCUGUGCCUACGUUCUGGUAGCUCAUUGGCUGGCGUGUAUCUGGUUCAGCAUAGGAGAAUAUGAAGUUCGCAUCAAGAUGGACAAUCCAUUGCUACCAGACGGUUGGCUGUUUCGAUUGGCCAAUGACCUCAAGUCACCGUACAACAUCAACCUAUCAAAUAGGACCCGAUUAGUUGGAGGGCCGUCAAGGACCAGCUCUUAUAUUUCAUCUCUGUACUUCACUAUGAGCUGUAUGUCAACGGUCGGCUUUGGAAACAUCGCCAGUACAACAGACAACGAA